UGACUGAGCUGCUGAGUAGCAUUUUGGUGUCCAUCGCGAAAUCUGUAAAGCCUAAAGGCGCCGCCCAUGGCGGCUUGUGUUGGCUGCUCUUCAGACUCUGUUUGAUUGGGAUGAAAGAUCCUGCGUUAGCGACACCCCCCCUUCAUCUUCUGUAAGAAAUUGUGGAGGUGGCGUGCGAUUGGGGCUUACUAUCGUAGAAACGAGCGUUUGUCUGAUACAAGUUCAAGCUGCACAAGAUCCUGCGGGCAUGGGACUGGCUGAAGACGGUGUAGGCAUGGAAUCCGGACAAGGCUCACCCGCAGAAGAACAAGGUUUUCUGGAGCGCUGUGUGCUUGUUGUCCUGGGCGUCUCCAGUGCUUUGCUUGUUCAAGUCAGGCGUGCGCCAGGAGUGGGCCCUGUUGUUGCAAAUGUUGAGGAUGCUCUGCUUCCUUAUGCGGCAUCAGCUGAGGAGCAUUUGAAACAGCAUGGCAAGCCGCUUCUGACUUUUGGGGAUAAGCAGCUUCAUAACCUCUACACGCUCGUCAGAUCUGCUUUCCCGGUUGUUUCGCCCGUCCUGGAGACCGCCUCCUCUGUGUCCGAUUCUGCCCUCUCCGUCAUGUCUGACGCUGCCGCUUCGGCAAAGUCGAGGGGUUUCAUUGCAACUGGGGUGACUCUGUACGACCAAUACAAGCCAGCAGCUACGCGGAGAGGCGAGGCUGCAGCGCAGUACUUGGAACGUUUUCCUGUCGUGGCGACCGCGGUGCCUUUGAUGAGGUGUGUCGGAGCAAAGGUCAGUGGGGUGAUAGACUGGGCUGUUGACACCGGUCGACCCAAGCAGGACUCUGACCAGUCCGACACCCCUUCUGAGACUCCAAAAGCAGAAGACAAUAUCGGGGAAGAGGUGGCACCGGCGGAGAAGACUGAGGUGGCCACCGCUGUGCCGGAGAUAACGGACAAGGACGUGGGAAUGGUCGACGAGGACAAGUCGACGGCGCAUGAAAGCAGUCCGAAGGGAAGCGUUCCAGGAGCUAAAGAGCUCGACGAUGUCGUCCCUGUCGAGUCUCUCUUUGAAAGCUGGACAACUGGAACGCGGUCAAGGAGAGGCAGCGUGGUCGGGACUGCUGUCAAGUGAGCGUCAUGCUGCAAGUAAUGUGUACAUUGUGUUGAUACAUGAAGGAACGUGCGUCAAAAUGUUUAGGGGCUGGUUCAUUGGUCAAAUGGAAAGAGUUUUACUAUGGCCAGAAACGGACGCGCUGCCGCUCGCAGCUAUUGGAUACUAUAGCAGAUUAAGCUUAGUGCUGGUCCAAAUGGCGAAGUUCGCCGAAGAGAAUAUUGCCAUUUUUACGUCUUGUAUUAGCGAGCUGGUUUGGGGUUCGUGUCUUUCUCAGGGGUGUACGGAGCUGGCAAAAGCUCAUUCCACGGAGUAGUUUCUACAUCAUUCUUGGAUAUUCAAUUCUGUAGAUUCAGCAUAGGUUAGGGCAGGUCUUAGAAAAUAACAAUACAUAGUACUCUGUUGAAGGACGUUUCUGAAGGCGGCGUAUGAUACUGUAAAGUACCUUGAAGUUGCAAGUUAUGUAUAUCGGGUUUGGCCCCAGAUCAAAUAUCCAUGGCCUGCUUGGCAGUAGAAAAUGUGGAGUUUGAUUGUUUUAACAUGCAAUUCAUGGCACGAC